ACCUGUAACUAUAUAAGGGAGCGCCGUUAGGGGCGCUGCGCAGGCGGUUUCGUGAAGACUGGGACGUGAGUUGCAGUUUUUCUGCGUUUGCUGCCGUCACCACCACUUUGACAAUGCAGAUCUUCGUGAAGACCUUGACGGGUAAGACCAUCACCCUGGAGGUGGAGCCCAGUGACACCAUCGAGAACGUCAAGGCGAAGAUCCAAGACAAGGAGGGCAUCCCCCCUGACCAGCAGAGGUUGAUCUUUGCCGGGAAACAGCUGGAAGAUGGGCGCACCCUGUCUGACUACAACAUCCAGAAAGAGUCCACUCUGCACCUGGUCCUCCGCCUCAGAGGUGGGAUGCAGAUCUUCGUGAAGACCUUGACGGGUAAGACCAUCACCCUGGAGGUGGAGCCCAGUGACACCAUCGAGAACGUCAAGGCGAAGAUCCAAGACAAGGAGGGCAUCCCCCCUGACCAGCAGAGGUUGAUCUUUGCCGGGAAACAGCUGGAAGAUGGGCGCACCCUGUCUGACUACAACAUCCAGAAAGAGUCCACUCUGCACCUGGUCCUCCGCCUCAGAGGUGGGAUGCAGAUCUUCGUGAAGACCUUGACGGGUAAGACCAUCACCCUGGAGGUGGAGCCCAGUGACACCAUCGAGAACGUCAAGGCGAAGAUCCAAGAUAAGGAGGGCAUCCCCCCAGACCAGCAGAGGUUGAUCUUUGCCGGGAAACAGCUGGAAGAUGGGCGCACCCUGUCUGACUACAACAUCCAGAAAGAGUCCACUCUGCACCUGGUCCUCCGCCUCAGAGGUGGGAUGCAGAUCUUCGUGAAGACCUUGACGGGUAAGACCAUCACCCUGGAGGUGGAGCCCAGUGACACCAUCGAGAACGUCAAGGCGAAGAUCCAAGAUAAGGAGGGCAUCCCCCCAGACCAGCAGAGGUUGAUCUUUGCCGGGAAACAGCUGGAAGAUGGGCGCACCCUGUCUGACUACAACAUCCAGAAAGAGUCCACUCUGCACCUGGUCCUCCGCCUCAGAGGUGGGAUGCAGAUCUUCGUGAAGACCUUGACGGGUAAGACCAUCACCCUGGAGGUGGAGCCCAGUGACACCAUCGAGAACGUCAAGGCGAAGAUCCAAGACAAGGAGGGCAUCCCCCCAGACCAGCAGAGGUUGAUCUUUGCCGGGAAACAGCUGGAAGAUGGGCGCACCCUGUCUGACUACAACAUCCAGAAAGAGUCCACUCUGCACCUGGUCCUCCGCCUCAGAGGUGGGAUGCAGAUCUUCGUGAAGACCUUGACUGGUAAGACCAUCACCCUGGAGGUGGAGCCCAGUGACACCAUCGAGAACGUCAAGGCGAAGAUCCAAGACAAGGAGGGCAUCCCCCCUGACCAGCAGAGGUUGAUCUUUGCCGGGAAACAGCUGGAAGAUGGGCGCACCCUGUCUGACUACAACAUCCAGAAAGAGUCCACUCUGCACCUGGUCCUCCGCCUCAGAGGUGGGAUGCAGAUCUUCGUGAAGACCUUGACGGGUAAGACCAUCACCCUGGAGGUGGAGCCCAGUGACACCAUCGAGAACGUCAAGGCGAAGAUCCAAGACAAGGAGGGCAUCCCCCCAGACCAGCAGAGGUUGAUCUUUGCCGGGAAACAGCUGGAAGAUGGGCGCACCCUGUCUGACUACAACAUCCAGAAAGAGUCCACUCUGCACCUGGUCCUGCGCUUGAGGGGAGGUGUCUAAGUUCUCCCUUUUAAGCUUUUGACAAGUUUCGUUGCACUUUCGUUUCAAUAAAGUUGUUGGCAUUCUCAAA